ACCCAACCAAUUCAGCGCGCUUCAUAGUACUCAGUCGGCGAUUCUCCUGUUCAUUUGUGGUUAUCUUGCAGAGUUUGCCGAACAGUAAUUCGGUGCUGGUUGAUCUCCAUACAGGAGAAUCGUUAAAAGAACAUGUCGUUUAUACAGAAUUUCUUCAAACGUCAGUUACCGGUAGUUAAUGCCGAGGAGGAGGCAGAACAAGAAUUGGUGGAUCAACAGCAAGUGCUUCGCGAUAAGUGCAGUAAGGAGGCAAAAUGUCACAGCCUUCAAGAGAAACUGAAUACAUGCAAUGACCGAGUAAAUUCACGGUCCAAUACAGAAGAAACUUGUCUAGAAGAGCUUAUUGAUUAUGUAGAAUGUGUAGAUCACUGUGUCGCAAAAACUCUGUUCAGCAAACUCAAGUGAUUGCAUAGUACUCCCAGAGAGAAGCCAACUGUUGUCCACAAUGUUAUAGCUUAAUUUCUCCCAAAUCAUUGUAUAUAUACACACAAUUCAAUAUUAGAAAUAAAGAGUAAACCCAGAUUUUGAGGAUUA